AUAAGGCCACGAGCCAGCUUCUGCUGGAAACGGACUGGGAAUCCAUCCUGCAGAUCUGCGACCUGAUCCGUCAGGGAGAUACCCAAGCGAAAUACGCCGUCAAUGCUAUCAAGAAGAAGGUCAAUGACAAGAAUCCCCACGUGGCACUCUACGCGCUAGAGGUCAUGGAGUCGGUGGUUAAAAACUGUGGCCAAACGGUCCAUGACGAGGUGGCCAAUAAACAGACUAUGGAGGAACUCAAGGAAAUACUCAAGAGGCAAGUGGAGACAAGUGUCCGCAGCAAGAUCCUGUACCUUAUCCAGGCCUGGGCUCACGCCUUCCGCAAUGAGCCCAAGUACAAGGUGGUGCAGGACACCUAUCAGAUCAUGAAGGUUGAAGGUCACGUCUUCCCGGAGUUCAAGGAGAGCGACGCCAUGUUCGCUGCAGAAAGGGCUCCAGACUGGGUGGAUGCUGAGGAGUGUCACAGGUGUCGAGUGCAGUUUGGUGUUGUGACACGGAAGCAUCACUGCAGGGCCUGUGGGCAGAUCUUCUGUGGCAAAUGCUCCUCCAAGUAUUCCACCAUCCCCAAGUUCGGGAUCGAGAAGGAAGUGAGAGUCUGUGAGCCCUGUUACGAGCAUCUCAACAAGAAAGCUGAGGGUAAAGCUGCUGCCACCUCCGAACUGCCCCCCGAGUACCUGACCAGCCCCCUCUCCCAGCAGUCCCAGCUGCCUCCGAAGCGUGACGAGACAGCUCUGCAGGAGGAGGAGGAACUCCAGCUAGCUAUUGCCUUGUCCCAGUCAGAGGCCGAGGAGAAGGAGAGAAUGAGGCAGAAAACAACCUACUCCAUGUACCCGAAGGCUGAGCCCACAGCUGUCACGUCAUCAGCCCCCCCGGUCAGCACGCUCUAUUCCCCGCCCGUGAAUUCCUCUGCUCCCUUGGCUGAGGACAUUGACCCAGAGCUGGCUCGGUACCUGAACCGCAACUACUGGGAGAAGAAACAAGAGGAAGUUCGCAAGAGCCCCACGCCAUCCGCGCCUCUGUCCCUCACAGAGCCAGCCGCUCAGCCUGGGGAAGCCCACCCCGCCCCACUGGGCGUCGUUGAGCAGCAGUACCAGAACGGCGAGUCCGAGGAGAACCACGAGCAGUUCCUGAAGGCACUGCAGAACGCGGUCACCACGUUUGUCAACCGCAUGAAGAGCAACCACAUGCGGGGCCGCAGCAUCACCAAUGACUCUGCCGUAUUGUCCCUCUUCCAGUCCAUCAACAACAUGCACCCCCAGCUGCUGGAGCUGCUCAACCAGCUGGACGAGCGCAGGCUGUAUUACGAAGGCCUGCAGGACAAACUGGCCCAGAUCCGGGAUGCACGUGGGGCUCUGAACGCGCUGCGGGAGGAGCAUCGGGAGAAGCUGCGCCGUGCAGCGGAGGAGGCCGAGCGCCAGCGCCAGAUCCAGCUUGCGCAGAAGUUGGAGAUCAUGAGGCAGAAGAAGCAGGAGUACCUGGAGAUGCAGCGCCAGUUGGCCAUCCAGCGACUGCAGGAGCAGGAGAAGGAGAGGCAGAUGCGCCUGGAACAGCAGAAGCAGACCAUCCAGAUGAGAGCCCAGAUGCCAGCCUUCUCGCUGCCUUAUGCCCAAGUCUCUCCCAUGCACAGUGUGUACAUGAACCAGGCAGCACAAGGGGGCACGGGGCCGUACACCGCGAUGCCCGUCACAGGGACAGAUCCCAGCAUGGUGAAUGCCUACAUGUACCAGCCGGGUGCCGGCA